ACACAUUUAGUUGUGACAUAUAGUUUUGUAGUUUUAGAAGUAUUGAAUUAGUAAUGAUAGUGCCGUAGUAUAGCAGUGUUAGUCAAAGUGUGGUCCGCGGACCUUUGGUGGGGCCUGACAUAACCCCAAGUGGUCCGUGACUUACCAAGCAAUUUGCUAGAAACACAGAAGACGCAAUUUUGCUUCCACGAUGAGGGAAAUCGUGCACAUCCAAGUCGGCCAGUGUGGAAACCAGAUGGGGUCUAAGUUCUGGGAAGUGAUCAGCGACGAACACGGCAUUGAUCCUUCUGGGGCUUACCAUGGUGAUGAUGAGCUGCAGCUGCGCAGGAUCAACGUCUACUUCAACGAGGCAACAGGGGGCAAAUAUGUUCCCCGUGCCAUUCUUGUGGACUUGGAACCAAGUACCAUGGACUGCGUAAGGUCUGGACCUUUGGGUAAAAUUUUCAGACCUGACAAUUUUGUGUUUGGUAAGGGUGGUGCUGCUAACAACUGGGCCAAAGGUCACUACACUGAUGGUGCUGACAUGGUUGAAUCUGUUGUGGAGGUGGUGCGUAAAGAGUCAGAAAGCUGUGACUGUCUGCAGGGCUUCCAACUCACACACUCGCUUGGUGGUGGAACCGGCUCUGGUAUGGGAACCCUACUUAUCUACAAGAUUCGUGAGGAGUUUCCUGAUCGUAUCAUAAAUACCUUCAGUGUGAUGCCCUCGCCCAAGGUGUCAGAUACGGUCGUAGAACCUUACAACUCCACUCUGUCAGUCCAUCAGCUUGUUGAAAACACAGAUCAAACGUACUGCAUCGACAAUGAAGCUCUAUACCACAUCUGCUUCCGCACUCUCAAGCUGAGCACACCCACCUACGGAGACCUGAACCACCUCGUAUCGUUCACCAUGAGCGGGGUCACCACCUGCCUGCGCUUCCCCGGCCAGCUCAACGCCGACCUCCGCAAACUGGCAGUCAACAUGGUGCCUUUCCCCCGCAUGCAUUUUUUCAUGCCGGGCUUCGCCCCUCUGACCAGCAGGGGCAGCCAGCAGUAUCGAGCCCUCUCGGUUCGCGACAUCACCAAGCAAGUGUUCGACUCCAGAAACAUGAUGGUCGCGUGCGACCCCAGCCAAGGACGCUAUCUGGCGGUUGCCACAGUGUUCCGUGGCCGCUUAUCCAUGAAGGAGGUUGAUGAGCAAAUGCUCACAAUCCAAGACAAGAACAGUAGUUACUUUGUCGAGUGGAUCCCCAACAACAUCAGCACUGCCGUUUGUGACAUCCCGCCCCGCGGACUCAAGAUGUCUGUCACUUUCAUCGGCAACAGUACGGCCAUACAGGAGCUGUUCAAGCGCAUCUCUGAGCAGUUCACAGCCAUGUUCCGCCGAAAGGCCUUCUUGCAUUGGUACACAGAACAGGGUAUGGAUGAGAUGGAAUUUACUGAAGCCGACAACAACAUUAACGAUUUAGUAUCCGAGUACCAACAGUACCAGGAUGCCAAAGCAGACGAUGAGGGUGAAUUUGAGGAAGAGGCUGAAGAGGGUGCUUGAAGACAACAAUGUAUUGGCUCUUUUAUCUUGUAUUCUAAUUUUAUAAAUAGGUAGAUAACUGACCUUUGUUAUCGCCAAACCAAGCCAGAUGGUGCCACAUUCCGUUUUCCUUGCUUAGCGGCAUAUAGAAUAGGAGAAUGCUGAACAUCAAAGAAGGCAGAGCCAUUUGCAAAUGUUUAUUCCUAGAAAUAAACAUUUUAAAAGGCACAUCCUUUACAUUUUCUAUCUACGACAUUUUUUGUGUAACUUUUUGCAGCUCUGUCGCCAGAAUAUUACGGUAAAAUUUGCGGCUGGGU